CACACACACACACACACACAGACUUCAGGCUGGCUGGAUGCUGCUCCAGCACCAUGGAGCAAAAGGCGUCCGAGGAUGAAGGCAGCAGCUCCGGGGGACAAGAGUCCUACCAGCGGAGGAUGUGGAAGACUUUCCAGGAGAAAACGAAGCCGUGGCUCAGUCCCAAACUGGGCUCGCAGCGUCGCAGUAGCGGCGGAGCAGAAGGCGCCAAGAAGGAAUCGGGACUGUGGAUGUUUAGGAGGAAAAAGAAACACUUGGACCGAGUCUUCUCGUCCUCGCAGCCCAACCUGCGCUGCUCCUCCCCGCCGCCGCUGUGCCUGGGCGGCGGGGACAAGUGCGGAGGACGGGCUGCGGCCGCCGGGAGUGGGAUCACCUCGCAGCAGAACCUCGGCCCGGCGUCCGGUACCACCGGGAGCAAACCGGAGCUGACGGCCCACGGAAGCCCGAAGCUCCACGUCUCGCAGCUGAUCGCCUCCCAGCACAAGAGCUCCUCUCUGGGCUCGGCGUGCUUCGAGAAGCUGGUGGUGGAUCCUGUCGUGGCCGUGGGGGGAGAGAAGCAGAGCGAUGGUAGCAUCACUACCGUGGACUCUUGUAAUGCAGAGCCUCAGCCUCCGAGUCCAGCCAUGUACCAGCUGGAUAUUGUCCUGAAGAAAGGCAACAACCUGGCCAUCAGAGAUCGCACAGGAACCAGUGAUCCAUAUGUCAAGUUCAAGAUCGCAGGGAAAGAGGUGUUCAGGAGUAAGACCAUCCAUAAGAACCUGAACCCAGUGUGGGAUGAGAGAGUAACGAUCCUGGUGGAAAGCCUGAGGGACCCUCUGUACGUCAAGGUUUUUGACUACGACUUUGGACUGCAGGAUGAUUUUAUGGGCUCAGCAUAUCUCCACUUGGAGUCACUGGAACAUCAGAGGAUGCUGGACGUCUCCCUGGACCUCAGUGACCCACAUUAUCCGGAACAUAACCUCGGCAGCCUGGAAAUAUCCGUCACUUUAUCGCCCCGAGAUGGAGACAUGAGAGACGCGACCAUGCUUUUGAGAAGGAGCUGGAAAAGAUCCAGUAAGUGUCAGAGUAUGCGCCUGUCAGACGUACACAGAAAAGCUCAGCUGUGGCGAGGCAUUGUCAGCAUCAGCCUAAUAGAAGGUCGCAGUCUUCAGCCCAUGGACGACAAUGGCCGGAGUGACCCUUAUGUCAAAUUUAGGAUGGGCCACCAAAAAUACAAAAGCAAGGUGAUUCCAAAAACACUGAAUCCUCAAUGGCGGGAGCAGUUUGACUUCCACAUGUAUGAGGAGCAGGGAGGCUACGUGGACAUUACCUUGUGGGACAAAGACGCUGGCAAGAAGGACGACUUCAUGGGAAGGUGCACCGUGGACCUGUCCCUUCUCAGCAAGGAACACACACACAAGCUGGAGUUGCCGAUGGAGGAAGGCGAAGGCGUGUUGGUGAUGUUGGUGACGCUCACCGCUUCUGCCGCCGUCUCCAUCUCAGACCUGUCAGUCAACGUGUUGGACGACCCGCAGGAGAGACACCUGAUCAAGCAGAGAUACAGCCUGUGGAGGUCACUGCACAACCUGAAAGACGUCGGCGUGGUGCAGGUAAAAGUCAUCCGGGCCGAGGGACUGAUGGCAGCAGAUGUCACGGGUAAGAGUGACCCAUUCUGUGUGGUGGAGCUGAGUAAUGAUCGGCUGCAGACACACACUGUUUACAAAAACCUCAACCCUGAGUGGAACAAGGUCUUCACUUUUAACGUAAAGGACAUCCACUCAGUACUCGAGGUCACGGUUUACGACGAGGACCGAGACAGAAGUGCGGACUUCCUGGGGAAAGUGGCCAUUCCUUUACUAAAUAUCCAAAAUGGAGAACGCAAAGCCUACGCCUUGAAAAGCAAGGAGCUGACAGGGCCAACAAAAGGGGUCAUCUUUCUUGAAAUCGACGUGAUUUUUAAUGCUGUGAAGGCUGGUCUCAGAACGCUGAUUCCCAUCGAGCAGAAGUACAUAGAGGAGGAGCCCAAAGUGUCCAAACAGCUGCUGCUGCGCAACUUCAACAGAGUGAGGCGCUGCAUCAUGUUCCUCAUCAACGCCGGCUACUACAUCAACAGCUGCUUUGAGUGGGACUCGCCGCAGAGGAGCAUCUGUGCGUUUGUGCUCUUUGUGGUGGUCGUCUGGAACUUUGAGCUCUACAUGAUACCGCUGGCUCUGCUGCUGCCCUUGGCCUGGAACUACAUCCUCAUCACGUCGGGCAAGGACACAAGGCAAGAUGUGCAAGCAAUGGAGGACCUGCUGCAGGACGAGGAGGACGAUUUUGACAAAGAUGACAAGGACCCUAAAGAGGAGGAGAGCCGUGAUAAAAACCAUGUCCUCGAUGAUAUGUUGGCUUCCUGGCACUUUGAGUGGAUACGGGCACUGGUGGACUCUGAGAGAAAGGGCUUCAUGAACAAGCUUUAUGCCAUUCAGGACGUGUGUAUCAGUGUGCAGAAUGCGCUGGAUGAAGUGGCCUCCUAUGGCGAGAGGAUAAAGAACACUUUUAACUGGACUGUGCCUUUUUUAAGCUGGCUUGCCAUCGUCACUCUGGGAGUGGCAACCAUCGUGGUGUACUUCAUCCCUUUCAGAUACAUUGUGCUAGCCUGGGGAGUGAAUAAAUUCACCAAGAAGCUACGAGAUCCUUACACCAUUGAUAACAAUGAGAUCCUGGACUUUUUGUCCAGAGUGCCCUCUGAUGUCCAAGUAGUGCAGUACCGAGAGCUGAAACAGGAUCCCAAUCCCAGUCCAAAUAAAAGGAAGAAAAACAACCCCGGGUAGAUGUCCACCCACCAAUUCCUCUCUUGUCCACUUCCUCUCUGCUGCUCCAUUACUGGACUCUGAGGAGCAGAGUCGGAACCUUGUUGAAGUUAACCAAUGUGGCCCAAUGAUUCCCAUUUUGGUUUACGUUCAUUUCAUAAGAUGACAAAAAAAACAAAACAAAACAAAAAAAAAACUACGAAAAGGAUGUAUGGAUUGUUAUGGAGGGAAAUUACUGGCAAAACUCCACAAAAAUAGUUUUAUUUACGCCCCACGAUGCACAAGUUAAACAAUUUUCUUCAAUAGAAAAAAUGAUUCGCAAGUAGAAAAUAACAAUUCUCAAAGAAAAAAAAAACAA